AUAAAUUAUUUUAUCAGUGCCAAGGGUGACUGAUGCAUUGACAAGGGAGUAAAUCUCAUACCUCAUGGAAACCUCAAAGUGACAUUAAGUUGUUCCUCCAAGGAGUAUUGUUCUUUAAUUUUUUGAGUCACCUUAUUUAUUGCUGGGCCCUUAUCACUUCAGAGAGCCAGACACAGCAGAAGAAACACAGAUAGUCACACAAGUGCCUUGCCCUGCUCCUUCAAUAUGUUUCGUGCAGUUUCAGUGGUUGUUUUGGCAUUAUUUGCCAUAAUUGUACAAGACAAUUAUGCUUUGGGAUCGGAUCAACAAGUGCUUGUUUCAUUGGAAGGAGAGGCACGUAAGCUAGAAUAUGUGACAGAGAAAGCAGCAAACCAUUGCACCUGCAUUGAAUACAACUGUGGCUGCUGUGCUCACCUUGUUGAAAAGGAGAUAAGGCUGGAUAGUACCAUUUGUGCAAAUGCAACGUACCUCAAGCGAGACUAUGGUUUCUCAUUGACGGUAACAUUCAACAAAUUCACAGUUUUCAAUGAAACUAUGUCAUUGAGGAAUCCUCCACCUGUGUGUAUGGGUGCCCCAUUUGUAAAGGAGUUUGCAGAGGUUUGUGUGAAGAUUUAUGAUAUCCAAGCUUCAGCUGCUCACCUUCAUGCUUGUGUCGAAGCAGAAGCCCGCCUCAAGCACAUUCAUGUUGCCAAGUACGAACUUGGAUGUUUUGACAUGACAGGAGAAAGCCUCAGGAGAGCUGUAGAACAGCUUGAGAAUGAAAUUCUGUGAUGAUUUGUAAAGUUUGGUAGAGAAACCAGAUUGCUACAAAAGAAAUGUUGUAAACACAUAUAAUUCGCCAUAAAGAUUAAAAACAGCUGCCUCUAUUU